CACCCUUCUUCUCACAUCUCACUCACUCUCAUACAAUAACAAUGGAAGAAAUCGAUAAUCUUCGAAGAGAAAUCGCAAAGCGAGAAGUCGAACUCGCAGAUCUACGCUCUCAACUCGCAGCCGCAGAAUCACAAGCACGUGAAUCCCAAGAAGCGUGGAAAUGGCCACUCAAUAACCACGAGUAUGAGAGGUACAGUAGACAGAUGAUUGUUCCCAACUUUGGACUCCAAGGCCAACUACGCUUGAGAAACGCCAAGGUUCUACUUGUUGGAGCGGGAGGUCUGGGAUGUCCUGCUGCUGCAUACCUCGCUGGCUCAGGGAUUGGGACGAUUGGUCUUGUUGAUGGCGAUGAAGUUGAGGUUUCGAAUUUGCAUCGUCAAGUUGCGCAUUCGACGGGUCGUGUUGGUAUGAGCAAGGUUCAGAGUGCGAUUACGUAUCUCAAAGAUCUCAAUCCUACGAUAACUUAUAAUGCGCACAACACACAUCUUACACCGCAGAACGCUGAGGACAUUGUAUCUGGCUAUGAUUUAGUCCUUGAUUGUACCGAUCACCCUACAUCUCGCUAUCUCAUCUCAGAUAUCUGCGUUCUUCUCUCAAAGCCUCUUGUCUCAGCAUCUGCAUUCCAAACUUCAGGUCAACUGAUCGUUCUAAACAAUCCUCCUGGAAAAGGUCCCUGUUAUCGCUGCGUAUUCCCUACGCCCCCACCACCAGAUAGCGUGGUUGGGUGUGGUGAGGGUGGAAUCGUAGGACCUAUCGUUGGUACAAUGGGUGUCUUGCAGGCGUUGGAGGCCAUUAAGUUGAUUUCAAGAGGCGAUCUCGAGAUCCAUGGAGAAGCCAAGACACCGAUGUUGUUACUUUUCAGUGGCAUGUCUGAUACCCCUUUCCGAUCUGUGAGGAUGAGGGGCAGAAGGAAGACUUGUCUGGCUUGUGGAGAUGAGAACAGACUGACUUUGAGUCAGUUGAAGAACUCAAUGGACUAUGUCCAGUUUUGUGGUGUCAAGCAGCCUGUUCAAUUACUCCAGCCGGAUGAGCGAGUCACAGCGAAGGAGUAUGAUGAGCUCUCCAAGUCAGAGAACAAGGAUAUGCUGCUCGUGGAUGUCCGAGAGAAGGAACAUUUUGAUCUCUGCAAUAUUUCAGGUUCGGUCAACAUCCCUAUCAGUCGCUUCAUGAGCGCUCGUGGCGAAGCUACACCAGAAGGAUGGCCAAGCGAUCUGCCUCAUUCAACUCCCAUAUACGUCGUCUGCCGAGUCGGUAACGAUUCGCAGAUUGCCGCGCAGAAACUCAAGGACCUAGGAUUAGGGAACAAUGGAGAGAGAUUCAUCGGCGAUAUUCUUGGUGGCAUCAAGUCAUGGAAGGACACUGUUGAUCCAUCUGUACCUUUUAUAUAGACUGAUGAAAGAGAUGCCGGCUAAAAGAGGAAAUGGGGAUAGUCGUAUUGGAUGAGAGAUUUUAUGAUACAUACAUACAACAUACAAUGCCCGUGUUAACCCGAGCACACCAAGGGCAGGCCAUUCCUGCCCAUCAGCUGCGCCAUUACAAAUAACAUUUUGCUCAAGUCAACAGAGACUCAUGUGAGAU